AUGGAGACUGACCACCAAGAACUAUCGGACAAUCGCGACAAGCAAGAACCCAAUGUCAAAAAUGUGGAUCAAAUGCAACAAUCUGCGUUGUAUCAUGCAAUUCGAUCAGGACGUGCGGAAAUCGUCGAAGAACUGUUACACAAUCACCCACAAUUGACUCAUGUUGAUCAACAGAGGCCAGCGAUCAUUGUCUCCGCCUUCGAUAAACCAGAUAUUCUACGAUUAUUGCUCGAUGCGGGCGCUGAUCCUAAUACACCCGGUCAGGAAGGCUGGUCGCCAAUCUUUUAUGCUGCCAAGAUCGGAAGCGUUCAUAUCAUUCGAACCCUACUCGGUAGCGGUGCUGAUCUGCACACUCGCGAUAACUACGGAUGGACUCCGAUUUGUAUUGCAGUCGACUAUGAACGCGAUGAAAACAUAUUACAAGCCCUGGUGGAAGGUGGUGCUAGCGUGACAGACACUACCACAGACACUGAAAAGGGAUUUCUUCAUCUGGCUGUUUGUCGGGCUCCCCAUGUUACUCGAUUCCUUUUGCAGCUCAAAGAGGAGCUGGAUCUCAACCAGAGGGACUUUGAAGGUUGUACACCUCUUUUAUCCGCGAAAGGAGAGGGGGACAUUGACACUCUCACCUUGUUGGUUAACGCCGGCGCGGAUAUAAACUUAGUGGACAGCCACGGGGAAACAGCACUUCAUUGUGCGAUCGAGUUUGAAACAGCGCCUUUCCGCGAUUUGCUAUUAUCCCAGACUGAGAUUGAGGUGAAUUGUGUUUCUGUCUAUUUGAAGAGUCCGCUGCACUCUGCAUGUCGCCGAUCACACCUGGAUUGCGUGAAGGCUCUGUUAGCACACGGGGCUGAUCCCAUUUUGAUAUCGCCUAACACAUGGGACCAGACGCCGCUAAUUUCGGCGUUAUUGCCAAGUGAGUAUGCUCGUCACGAUAUUACAUCUUCGGUGGAGAAUGUCGUUCGUUACCUCGUCCGUUCGGGGGUGUCUGUGGGAAUGCUAGUCCCGGCGACAUUCUAUUGUCCUCUGGCAACAGCAUGUUUCUCAGCUACCCCAAGCUUGGUUGACUUUCUUCUAGAUGCGGGCCCUUCACCAGCCUGUGUUGAUCCUGUCUCGGGAAGGCUGCCGAUUCACUUCGCCGCUGCUAGCGGCAUCGAAGAUUUUGAUACCGUCCUGCUGCUUUCCAGGAUAACAUGA